AUGUCGCGCAACCCUUCUGUUUCCCAUCCAGGACGCUCCCCGUCCUCACCACCUGACACAGUCGAGCCAGGACGUUCUUCCAAAGGGAAGAGAACAGGCAGAACUCGACCAAGGCCUGACAGAAACUUUCGGCCGGAAGAAGAAAGGUUUAAUGUCGGGCCCAAGGCGAACCGCAACACAUCUGCCGCUCGUACCGCCGGGAGAAGGCAGACUCGUUCUGCUCGAGCAGAUCGAGUCCAUCUCAACGACAUCAUCAACGAUGGUGUCCCCAAUUACCCCCCUCCGUCAUUCCAGGAGGCCAUCUCCACACCGCCUCUCUCUGGAUGUCCCAGCACGGUCACCCUUGUACCUUCAAGCUCUCCGUCUCCAAUGGCCUCCCUACCGCCACUGGUUAUUCCAGGCAAUAACGCUGAGCCUCAGCAAUCCACACCGAUGGGGCAGCCGCCGAGCACAGCAUCCAGUGGACCCAAUUCGGACUCGGAUGAAUCAUUGCAAAUCGUCGAUGAAGACGACGCAGUCCCGCCUGGCGUUGACCCCACCUUUCUUCGCAAAGUCCGACAGGACUAUCGCAACCGACGAGGAGUGGACUUCCCCAGCCCUGUCUGUCCACCGUCUCCCCAGCCACAGGAUAACAUCGCAAGGCGUUUGGAUUUGGUGGCUAUUCUCGAUGGACCCGACGAUACGCCUCGAUCACCAUCGAUAGUGUCCUCACCUGCCAGGAGGUUCUUGUCAUUGUCGCCACUUCGUACCUUCUUUCCUUCACGUUCUCCGACUCCGGGCCAGCCCGAUCGGCCUCAUUCUGCACACCCCUCCCCAGGAACCUCACCCUAUGCCCACGGCGGAAGGAACGGCUCCUCAAUAUUCAGAAGUACCACGUCUCUUUCCACCAACUCGUUCCUUCGUCUCCCUUUGACUUCGAGCCCGCACCAAGGAAGGUCAGAAAGCUUUAUUGCGCGCAGGAUUUUCUCGGGUAAAGGGAAGGAGAAAGCGAAGGACACUCAACCGCAGGAGGCACUAGAUUCAUGGGAGGAGUUGAAGAAGGAAGAAUUGGACGAGAGCGAAAACGGGCAACCCCAGAGUCUCAUGGCAGUCGUAGCUAACGUAUCGAAACAAACUUCUGUCAAGGCAGGACCCUCACCCACUCGUAGUCUGAGUUUCACUUAUGGAGCUCCACCGUCUGAAAGCCUUCCUUCUCUACACGCGUCUCUGGCGCAAUCAGCGAUCCAUUUGCCUGUAACCCCUCGCCAAGAAGCGGCCACUCCUCCCCCUCGCGAAGUGAGCACUCCUCCAGCGAUUCAAACCCCGCCAGCUACACCACCUGCGCCUCCAGCCGUUCACCCGCUAUCUCUCCGCGAUCGUAAGACUCCAUUCGUGCAACGACCCGUUCGCAAAAAGUCCCCGUCCCCUCGACCACCGCCAAUUUAUGUCCCCCCACCUGUCUCGGAUCCUGUCAUCACUACCGUUCGAACCCGCAUGGCUGCAACGCCACCCCCGUCUCAACCGACCGUUCCAAAACCCCAUUCCUCAGUUACUCGUCCUUCCCCUCUUGGUCUCGAAUCGUUCUCAAUACAACAGGAAGAAGGGCCAGUGCCUGUUGAAGUGCCCGACGUUAGUGUAGCAUCCCCUCCAAUUCAAACCCCUAUCCCGGCCCGGCCGACCGUGAGCGGAGUUUCAAUCUGCCGUUGUGGAUCCCCCGAUGGCCAAGCAACCCUCCCUGCUCUUUCGCGCACACCGUCGCCGGCGUCGCCAGACGAUUCGAUUACCCCUACCCGUCAUUACCCAGGUCGCCCUCUACCACGACCGCCCACACAAACUCGACCACAUAUUGAUUCGACCUUUGCACCGAACGAAGAGUACGCUGAAACAUCGAUCGAAAGCAGCGCCUCGAUCUGCCCUGAGGGAUUGCUCAUUGAUCUAGACGAUUCCGGUGCGGACGGGCAAGGAGUAACAGCUUCUACUCGUGGCACGGAUGUUUUGCGAAGACACUCUCCUCCUCCCCUCAUCGAUCUGGAUUCUUCUUCUGAGGAUAUCCCCUCACUUUUGACUACACCCGACGCGACGCAGGUGGUGGCACCAAUCCCAACCAUGAAUGCGUACUCGGAGAUCACUGACCUCGAUCUGCUGGUGUCGAACCUCGCCGACAGCGAAGGGAACGAUAACAGCAAUUAUGACGUGAGUUCCCAUACCCAGUGGAAGGGCACCCCCGAUCCCAGCGCACUCAAUGCUGUAAACCGUGAAGGCGCUCCUGGCGAUUACGGAAUUUAUAGGCCCGGCAGUACCACCCCCAGGGACUGCUGGAACCCAGACCCCCUUGCAGAGCAAUGGCGCCGUAGCAGCCCCACUCUCAACGACGACGACAGCGAGGUCGCGUCCAUCUUCAUGCGACAAUACCAAUAUCGACAGCAACAUUUCGGUCCUCGGGCUUGUUGA